AUGGAAAAUGGGAGGGGGCCCUUCGAAAGCGAUAGCUCAUUCAGCUGCUUGCAAGAAAGGAGCCAGGAUCCAGUGACCGGAAGCAUCGUUGAAACCGACCUCUGCGACGGGGACAUCUUGACUAUGGAGGGCCGUAUGCAGCGGCACUGUCUGCACUUCGUGCCGAAGUGCAACCCUCGGGAGCCCAUCCGACACGAGCGCAUCAACAUCACUUUCCGCUGGGUCUGCACACUCAGACUCCUGAAGAGAGGCCUUGUGACCACCGAAGGGGUCAAACCUUACUUGGACAGCACCCCAACCCCCUGA